UUAAAUGUCACACAGACCUACAUUAUAACUAAUCAAAAUCAAAUAAUCAUUUUUAAAUCCAAAUAACAUCAUACCUUAUCCAAAAUUUGCAAUAAUACGGGUUAGUUUUGAAAUAUUCAAAACUAUUUGUUGCAGUGACAGACAAUAUUAUCAUGGAGAGUAUCUACACACCUUCAUAUAAUCGUACACAUCUGUAGAAACUUUCCACACCACCACUAACAACACACACACUCAACGGUGUUACUGCGUGCUGUUGUGCCCUAACCACUAUCAUCUACGUUCGUACAUUAUCAGCUUCCAUGAUUCCUCCGGUUAAUCUCCGAUUACACAUCAUUGUUUCAACAUUUCCGUUGCUCGGUUCUUCCAAAUCGCUGUAAACGAUCGGUUUUUUUGUGAUUUUGAUGAAAUUAUGGUUUCGUGUGAUCCAAAUGACGUCGUUGAAGACGAGAAGAUGAAGAUGAAUAUGCUUCACAGGUUGAAACUGUAUCUAAACAUUGCUAAUCUGUUACAAUUGAUCGAACUUUUCAUCGCCGUAGCGUUGAUUUUCUGGUCAUCGUCUCGCAUCAUAUCUGUAUUGAACGAUUUGAAUCUCUCCGGAGAUAACUUGUUGACGUUUUCGUCAAAUUUGUUCAAUCAACACAUCGUUUUUCUCGUCGGAAACGUGAUUAUCGUCGCGUGUUACAUGCUUUCACGUCGUACUGAACAAGUUAACAGAUCGGAAAAGCUCGACGAAGAAUACAAUCCGUUGAGUCACCGGAAAACAACCAUAGACGGUUCAAUUGGAGAUUCUGUUACGGUUACGGUUACCGUUACGCCGCCGUCGAAAGUAACGGAGGAGACGUACGGAGAAGAAAAACCUAACGGCGCAGGUCGUUACGAGAGCAGCGAUGUCGUUAUAACGGAAUCAGAAACGGAAACGGCGAUUGAAGUGGCGGUUAAGCAGGCGGUGAAGCGGAUAGAGAGGUUCCGGAGGACUGAAUCGGAGAAGUUGAAGCGUGAAAUGUCAGUGAAGCCUCCUCGGCGGUCGGCGACGACGGAGAGGUUGCCGGAGAUGGUGGAGAAGAUGAGUAAUGAAGAGUUCCGGCAUGCUGUUGAGACGUUUAUUUUGAAGCAGCAGAGGCUGCUUAAGCUAGAGGGUAUGGAUGAGAGUGGAAUUGCAUUGUAAAUGAAAAUGUUGCUGCUUGUUUCUGUAAGAGGAAGAAGAAGAAUAUUCCACUAUUUCUCUAGUGUUAUUCAAUUUUGUGUUGAAAGCA